CUGUUAACAGGCCAUGGAUGCACGAGUGGUGAAGGAUAUGACAACAGGGAAAUCAAAGGGGUAUGGAUUUGUGUCCUUCUAUAACAAACUGGAUGCUGAGAAUGCCAUAGUACACAUGGGGGGUCAGUGGCUUGGUGGACGGCAAAUCCGGACUAACUGGGCAACUCGCAAACCUCCAGCCCCCAAGAGUGUGCAAGACAACAGCUCCAAGCAGCUGAGAUUUGAUGAGGUGGUGAACCAGUCGAGUCCUCAGAACUGCACAGUGUACUGCGGUGGCAUUCAUUUUUAAGUAUCAGUAAUCAAGAGAGUAUGCAGAAGUUGUUAGUGUAGAUUUGUUAGAGUAACUUGGGAUAUCAUAACAGUGUCUCUCAGUACAGUACUGUGUGUGUGUGUGUGGUUCCUUUCUUUUUGAGAUCCUCUAGCAAGUCGUC